CGGCGGACUAGCAGCAAAGAAUGCAACUAGAUACAUGACGAAUAUACGUAUAACGUCGUGAAUCCAAUUGAAUGGAAAGGCCGAGUCUGUGAGUGCUGUAGAGACGUCAAAAGUUUUUAAUAGGCUUGCAGUCAUUGGUGAGCGUUGAACUCUGAAUCAGUCGUGAUACUGCUGAAUAGUAUAGUACUGGUUUAGAGUCCUAGUGUUUGGUCAGUACAUCCGACCUGCAGGCCCAGGCCUUGUGCACACUGCAAGCUGUUACUUUUUCAGGCGGUUACUAUAAUUGCCUCGUGUGUCCCAGGAUUAUUGCUUCCAGUCCACGCGCACCGGCACGUUUGUCAGAAAGCCAUAAUCCCAGUCCCCAUUCAACCCAUCACCGCAGACUUUCAAAGUAUGUCCUCCAAUAAAGGCGGCCCAAAUCCCUACAACAACGGCGCUCCUCCCAAAUACCUCAACGAUUUUAGCAAAGCCCUUGCGAGCGAAGUUCGCAUCUUGCUGGCAGAGGUAGGAAAGCUUAGGGAUGAGCGCAGGCAGCUUCAAUUCGAAAUUGCUGAGCUUAUGGCCGUUAAAUCCAAACAUGGUGCAGGAGGUGAAUAUUCUCCUGAUUGGGGGCCACCUCCUCAGGAGCCACCUCCGCCCCCACCCCCUGCAGCUUCGCCUCCUCCAGAAGAAGGCUUAACCGGCCCCGCCCGCCCAGCCUGGAGGGUCGUCCACAAACCACAAAGACGAGAAAAGCCGGCUCCCAAGAGUCUUCCUGCUCCGGCUCCGUUCCUGCGAUCGAACCUCCAAAGCCAAAUCUGCCCGCAUGGGCGCAAUGGAGGCCAAAUCCUGCGCACGUACCAGCACCGAUGCCUACGUAUCCAUUUCAACUGUUUCUAACAACAUUUCUAGGCGCAAUGUAGCGACAUUCGUCAACUCAUACCCGACCCUUGACGUGUCCUUCAAGCUUGACAAGGGAGAAUAUACUGCUGGUGCACCCAUCACCAUGCAGGUUAAUCUUGCCCACGAUGGAGUGAAGAGGAUCCUGAUGAUCAGACUGUUGUCGCACCUUUCUACCCGACCAAAAAGAUAGCAAACUGGUGGCUUGUGGUUAGGGAACCGAGCACAAAACAGCUGCUAUCAAUCAAGCGCGUCACCGUCACCAAGAAUCUCUCGGUGAAAUUGGAGUUCAC